AUGGCUCAGCAGGGAGUUCUGCUGGAUCAGGACCAGUUCUGUUGUUCUGUCUGUCUGGAUCUACUGAAGGAGCCAGUCACUACUGCCUGUGGACACAGUUACUGUAGGAGCUGUAUUGAGGGCUGCUGGGAUAAGAAUGUUCUGAAAGGGGUCUAUAGCUGUCCCCAGUGCAGACAGACCUUCACUCCAAGGCCUACUCUGAGGAAAAAUAACAUGUUGGCUGAGGUCGUUGAGAAACUGAAGAAGACAGGACUCCAGGCUGCUACCCCUCCUACUCUGUGUUAUGCUGGACCUAGAGAUGUGGCGUGUGAUUUCUGCACUGGGACCAGAAAGCAGAAAGCCCUCAUGUCCUGUCUGGCGUGUCUGGCCUCGUACUGUGAGACUCACCUCCAACCUCACUACGAAGUUCCUGCCUUUAAGAAGCACAAAUUGAUCAAAGCCACAGCUCAACUACAGGAGAAGAUCUGCUCUCAUCAUGACAAACUGCUGGAGGUUUACUGUCGUACAGAUCAGCAGUGUAUUUGUAUGCUGUGUGUGAUGGAUGUACAUAAAGGCCAUGAUACAGUCUCAGCUACAGCAGAGAGGACUGAGAAACAGAAGCAACUGGGGAUGAGUCAGCAGAAGGUCCAGCAGAGAGUCCAAAGAGAGAAGGAGUUGAAGGAGCUCAAACAGGCUGUGGAGUCUCUCAAGCACUCUGCACAGGCAGCAGUGGAGGACAGUGAGAAGAUCUUUACUCAGCUGAUCCGCUCCAUUGAGAGAAGGUGCUCUGAAGUAAAGGAGCUGAUCAGAGCCCAAGAGAAGGCUCAAGUGAGUCAAGCGGAAGUUCUUCUGGAGCAACUGAAGCAGGAGAUCGCUGAGCUGAGGAAGACAAACACUGAGCUGGAGCAGCUCUCACCAGAGGAUCACAUCCAUUUCCUCCAGAAUUAUCAGUCUCUCUCCAGUCCCAGUGUAUCUUCAGACCUACCCAGCAUCACUGUCCGUCCUCUUAAGUACUUUGGAUAUGUGAAUAAGACUGUGUCUGAGCUGAGAGAGAAACUAGAAUACUUCCUUAAAGGAGAAUGGACCAAGAUCUCAACUACAGUGAAUGUAGCGGAUAUUUUGCCUACAGAGCCCAAGACCAGAGAACAGUUCUUACAAUAUUCCUGUCAGCUCACCCUGAACCCAAACACAGCAUGUGAAGAACUCUUUCUGACUGAAGGGAAGAGAAAAGUGAUCUUUACAGAUCAAGCCCAACCAUAUCCUAACCAUCCAGACAGAUUCACCAACUACUACCAGGUUCUGUGUAGAGAGGGUCUGUCUGGAUGCUGUUACUGGGAGGUGGAGUGGAGUGGGCACUGUGUUCAUACAGCAGUCUCAUAUAAAGACAUCAGCAGAACAAGGGCAGGUCAUGCAUUUGGAUCCAAUGACAAGUCUUGGAGUUUAGGGUGCUCUAGUGGUGGUUAUCGUUUCAUACACAAUAAUGUUGUGACUAAUGUGUCAGGCCCUUGGUCCUCCAGAGUGGGAGUGUACCUGGAUCACAAGGCAGGUACUCUGUCCUUUUACAGCGUCUCUGACACAAUGACCCUCCUCCACAGAGUCCAGACCACAUUUCCUCAGCCCCUCUAUCCUGGGUUUCGUCUCUAUGGAGCUAAUGAUACUGCUGAGCUGUGUAAACUGUGGUAGGGGCCCACAUAGAUACUAGUCAUGCUGGUGGUGACAGUCCCCAUAUGUGAUGCUUCAUUCUGCUUAGUUAUUUUGUACAAUUACUUCAUCUCACUGAUUUGAU